AUGCAAGCUGUUUCCUCCACAGAGACAGGAGGCAGCAUUGAUAAUGUAGGAUAUAACCAAACAGUAGAUGAAACACCCCAAAGUGUAUAUGAGAGGUUAGGCAAUGACACCCACGAAGAUCAACAUCAAUAUAGCGAGUACAACGCCUUCUUUUAUGAAGUUAUGUUGAAUAUUUUAGAAUUAAAGAGUACAAACGAAGCAGGGGGAGGGUGGGGCGAAGGGGCAUGUAACGGAAAUGAAGGCCUUACAUGUGUCGGUAGUGCUCUAGGCUGUCAUAAUGGAUGUGCAAAAUGUCAGGGAAACUCGAAUUUUUGUGAAGCAUGUAAAGACGGAUACUUCUUAUCUAACAGAAGCUGUUUUAUUUGUCCUGAAACUUGUGAAAAAUGUACACACACGUCUUACUGUACAAAAUGUAAAACACAAUUCUGGAACAUCGAGCCAUUUCAUGCUUGCGGAAGUGCGUGUAAUGAAAACUGUGGAGAGAUUGGGUGUGAUGAUGUGACCGGUUACUGUCUUCAAUGUAAAUUAGGAUUUUAUGGUUCUUCGUGUGAAAACAACUGUUCUCUGUGUGUAAACCGUGCUUGUAAACUUCGUCAGUGUACAAUAGGCUGUGUUGAUGGAUACUAUGCUGAUACUCUUAAUCGUUUUAAAACAUGUAAGAAAUGUUUUGGUAAUUGCACAUUAUGUGAUAGUCUGACAAAUUGUAAACAGUGUGUAAAUGGUUUCUAUUUAUACAGCAGCAAUAAUGGGAAACAUUAUUGUUAUCAAUGUCCACCGGACUGUGAAGAAUGCAAUAACCUUAAUAACUGCACAGUUUGCAAUUCAGGAAAAUAUGGAUACAGAUGUAGCUACGACUGCAAUAUAUCGAACUGCCAAAAAUGCAUCAAGGAUAACAAUGUUGUAAAAUGUACAGAGUGUGUAAAUAGAUACAAACUUGCGAAUAAUACCUGUAUUGCUGAAAAAAAUGAUUGUUCGCAAAAUUGCAAUAACGGUUGUGACAGUUAUGGAAACUGUUCAGGUGGAUGUAAAGAUGGUUGGACAGGACUGAAAUGUGCAAGCGGCUGUACACAAAACUGUCGUCAGUGCGAUCAGAGCAUUGCUGCUUUAUGUACGAAAUGUGAAGGGGACUUCUAUACAUCUAAUUGCUCUAUCCCCUGUAGUUCACAUUGUUCCAUUGUAUCCGACAAGGCAACAUGCUACAUCAAUAAUGGAACGUGCUUAAAUGGAUGCCAAAAUGGAUACAAAGGAAGUAACUGUGAAGAGAAUAUUUUCGCGGCCUCUACAUCAACCUCAACAGAUGACACUACUGUAUCAACAAUAACUACAAAUGAUGUAACGGGAAUCUCUGAUAGUCAUGAGGACAAAAAUAAUCAAGAUGCUAUUACAAUAGGAGCUGGGGCAGGUGGAGGACUUUUGAUACUAGUUUUGAUGGUCGUUGUGGUCGUUUGUGUAGUAAAAAGGCAACAAGCAAGAGACAGUGCUUCAAGUAGUGGCAACGUAUUCAAGGAAACAACACAACAAUCAUUGGAUGGUACAGACAACGUAUAUGCACAACCAAACAAACAAAGAAAAAAAGGUCAAGAUUACGUAUAUGCACAACCAAACAAACAAAGAAAAGAAGGUCAAGAUUACAUUUACGCCCAGCCAAACAAACCUAAGAAGGGCGUACUUCAUAAGAAGGAGGAAAUCAGCAAACCUCAGAAAAUGUAUGACAAUGUUGUGAUUGAUCUUGAUAACGAAGCAGAGAAUCAUUUUGAAACAGAAAUACCGGUGUCAGAAGAAACUGAUGUAGAUGCAAUAUUGCUAGAAAAUAUUGACGAUGAACCUAAAAGCCUUAUAAUGACAGAAGUGAUCGUGCCAAAAUCAGAUACAUAUUACAAUAUGGCUAGUUUGUUGAGAAGCCGGGUUGAAAUCUCAAAACUGCUUGUCUACAUAAAAAACAAGACAGAUUUUGAGAACGAAUUUGAGAAACUACCUAAAGGACUGACUAGAACUUGCAACGAAGCACUGAUACCAGGAAACCGUCCCAAAAAUAGAUACAAUGGCAUAUAUGCUUAUGAUGCUACACGUGUAAAACUGCAAAGCAAAAGCUUUAUCAAUGCAAAUUAUAUCGAUGGUCAAGGUCAGACACAAAACUCUUACAUUGCUUCUCUUGGUCCUACAAAAAGUACCAUGGACAAUUUUGCAACAUUUUGGGAGAUGGUAUGGCAAGAGAAUUCAAAUAAAAUCCUCAUGUUGACAAAUUUGGAGGAAUCCAAGAAAAUGAAAUGCCAACAAUACUGGCCAGAUCGAGGAAGUCGAAGUAUAUAUGGAGAUAUAAUCGUGACUUCCAUUGCUGAGAAGGUGUUUUCAGACUUUGUCGUCAGGGAAUUUACAGUAGCUCAGAAUUCCGAAACAAGAAAAGUAACGCAGUACCAUUACACAGCAUGGCCUGACAAAACAGUUCCGCAUACUGUCGCAUCAUUGAUAGAGUUCAGAGAUAAAGUAGAGCAGGGAAAUGCACCAGUUACUGGUCCAAUGAUAGUGCAUUGCAGUGCUGGCAUUGGACGUACAGGAACAUACAUUGCUCUUGACAUUUUGAUAAGAGAAGGCAAGGAAGAAGACUUUGUUGAUAUUUUCGGAUGUGUGAUAGCUCUACGUGGACAAAGAGUUAACCUGGUGCAGAAUGUUGAACAAUACAUAUUUCUUCACCACUGUGUUCUUUAUGCUCUAACAUGUGAGUCUGACAUAUUUCCUGACGCUGCUAUUCCACAUGUCUUUACAGAUGAGAAAAUAGCGACACAAUAUCAGUCGUUGCAGAAUUUUACGCUACUGACCAACAAAAAUAAAAGGCUGAUGGUGCAAGCCAAAAGCAGAAAAGAAAACAGAAAAGGGGCCGAUAUCCCUGGGGAUGGUUAUAGAGUUCGAUUGACUUUGACAAAACAAGAUUAUAUAAAUGCUGUCUACGUUAAUGGAUAUAUAGAAACAAACAAGUUUAUCCUUGCACAGACACCUUUGCCGGAUACUGUUGAGGACUUUGUGUCCAUGUUAUACCAAGAAAGGUGUUCAUGUAUUGUCUGUCUGGACGAGGAAAAUAUGUAUGAUAAGACAGUUGCUCAGUAUAUUCCACCAGCCAACAAAGUAUCAACAUUUGGUCAUUUUCAAGUGUCAUGCACAAGAAGUGAUUCAAGGGAAUGUUUUGUUAUUAGAGAGUUGAAACUCUCGCGAAUUGGAUCGCCGCCUGCAAAAGAGUUGACAGUCCGUCACUACCAGCUUAAAGGUUGGAAAAGACAAGACAUUGUUCCAAAGAAAACCUCUUCAUUCUUGAAUACAGUCGUAGAUGUUGAAAAAGUCAGAAAAGGUUCACACUCAGAACAACCAAUAGUUAUACACUGCUUGACUGGGUCUGAGAGAAGUGGUCUUUUCUGUGUAGUGUCCGUACUCUUAGAAAAGAUGACUAUUGAGAACGAACUGAGCGUGCUCAACACAAUUUGUCAGGUUCGCUCAAGAAGGAGGUCUGCUAUUCAGGAUAUUGAACAGCUACGAUUCUGCUACAGCUGUAUUGAAGAAUUGUUGGAGAUGCCAGACACAAACACGUACUACAAUAUUGGCAAUGUAUGAAUACAAAGAAAUGAAUAUUUAAUUUGAACGCAAUACAAAAACAAGCGUACUGUUUCUCUAUAGAGGAACUCAUUUUGCUCAGUUUGAAGACGUGAAUACAGUCAUUCUGAAUCUGCAAAAAACACACAUUUAUUUCUGUUAUACUAGCAUACAAUAUUCCUUUAGCCGCAAUAUAUGCUUGUGUUUGCCAUUAUGUUUUUUCUUAAGUUAUGAGACAUAAAUAAUGUUGCGUCAUGUGUAAAGGGAUGUUUGUGUUUGCUUUAAAGGGACUAACCAACACAUUUUUUGGCGACAAAUAAUUUCUCUCAAAAAUCCAUAAAGUGUAUACAUGUACUCUGAAAGUGACUUGUGAUACAAACUUAUUGACAUAAGAUUUUUGCAAGAUAUUAUUAUAAAUAACAAAAAACAGUGUGCAGAAGGUAGAAAACGGUUGCAACGCUUUUGAAAUAAUUUAGAAAAUAUGCUUUCUUCUUAUAUUUCUACCAAUAACUAACUGCUAGUUUUUCUAUUUUAUCAUUUUCAGUGUCAUGUGUACUUUCUAUGCCAAACUUGGUGAAAAUAAACAUGUUGAAAAAUUU